UGGCUGGCUCGCGAACGCGGAAGUGAGUCAGUGUUUGUGUGUAUCCGGGUAGCUUAAGCGGCGCUCAACGGGAUAAAAAUGCGCUAGUUAUGUUUUAAUAAUAACGUUAAACAUCUUAAAGGCGUUUAAUAUGGAGGCGCAGGAUGGGGCGCGCGUCCGAAACGAAGACGUUCCUCAGAACCAGGAUCUGAGUUUUGUGCUGCCGUCUGUGGCGUCUUUCCUGUCCGAGUACGGCUGGUAUGCAGCGUUCCUGUGUGUGGGAGUCUACCUGCUCCUCCAGCAUCUCCGCAAGAGCAGAUCCACGGACAGCCAGAGCUCGCCGGUCUCCAGCGGCAGCCAAGACCCGGACUCUGUGGAGAGGCGUCAGGCGGCUCUGGAGGCGUCCCGCAGGAGAAUGCAGGAGGAGCUGGACGCCCGAGCGGAGGAGUUCAGAGAGAGGCAGCAGAGGCUGGAGGAGGACAAGAGGAGACAGAAAAUCGAGAUGUGGGAGAGCUUGAAGGAGGGAAAGAGUUACAAGGGAAAGGCGCUAGCUGCACAACAGAACACAGAAGAGGCCGCUUCCUCCAGCUCUCUGAGACCGAAUACUGACAAAAAGCCCCUUCGCAGCAGUGGAUACAACCCUCUUUCUGGAGACGGAGGAGGAACGUGCUCGUGGAGACCUGGCCGGAGAGGCCCAUCCGCGGGUGGAUGAGGUUAAAGUGCGGUCAGACUGACCUCUGACCCUCUAUAGGAACACACACAUAUAUAUUAUCUGAAUGAAGCUGUCAUUUCUCAUCACAGGACAAUAGCAAAAAUGGUUAUAUAUCAAACGGGUCUUUUUUUUUUUCUGGUGACAACCUAACCGACUUAUUUUUCUCAAUGCAAUAGUGCUACUGUCUGAACUCAAAAGACUCCUCGUAUAGUGCACAGGUUGAUCGGACGGUUCUUUUUACAUUUUUUUUGCUACGUUUGCAGUCAGAAUGACGUGUUUUUCGACCGUUGUGUGUUUCAAACACUCUCAUGAUUAAGCAGCUAUUUCCUGUCUGUUUGAUUGACAGCUUCUAAUGACGCCUCCUCAUCAAAGGUAUUAAUACUCCUGGGGCGGGCUGAUGAUUUUUCGGUAAUAAUCGUGCUCCUGUUUUUAACUUUUUGCACUUAUGAAGGCUGUGCUAAAUAAACACAUAGAGAGAGUAAAUCUAUGGUUGAGAUGUUUGUAUUCUGUCGUGAAAGCAGGUUUGUGACGCUCCACUGCUGCUCGUGGCGUGAGGUCUUUGCUGUUUCUGUAGGAAUGACGUGUCAAAGUCAUUGUAUUGUUCUCGCUUUAUAGUUUCUCAGAAUAAAAAUGCAUACUUACUCAAA